CUUCACACCAAGGCCAUGCCUCGCCUCUCCUCCACCACGCCCAUGUCGCCACUCCGCCUCCGCGCCCGCCACUCCUCCUCCACCUCUCAUCCCUCACGCAUCUGGGAUCCCCACACCGCCUUCGCCACCGCCACGGAGCGUGCGCGUUCAGGCAACCUCACCCCGGAGGACGCACACCACCUGUUCGACGAAUUGCUGCGGCAGGCCAAUCCUGUCCAGGAGCGCCCCCUCAACAACCUUCUUGCCGCCCUCGCCCGCGCUCCGGCGUCCGCGGCGUGCAGCGAUGGCCCUGCACUCGCAGUCAACCUCUUCAGCCGCAUAUCCCAAGGCGCCCGCCGACGUGUGGCGCACCCAACGGCCUGCACCUACGGCAUCCUCAUGGGCUGCUGCUGCCGCGCAAACCGCCAGGAUCUGGCGCUCGCCUUCUUCGCCCGUCUCCUCAGGACGGGACUCAAGGCAGGCGUCAUAGAAGUCAACACUCUUCUCAAGGGACUCUGCCGCGCAAAGCGGGCUGAUGAGGCUCUGGACAUUCUGCUUCACAGGAUGCCUGAGCUAGGCUGCACCCCCAACGUGGUGGCAUAUAACACGGUCAUCCAUGGCUUCUUUAGGGAAGGCCAAGUAGGCAAGGCGUGCAAUCUAUUCCAUGAAAUGAGGCAGCAGGGCGUUACACCUGAUGUUGUGACAUAUAACUCGGUUAUUGAUGCGUUGUGCAAGGCCAAAGCAAUGGACAAUGCAGAGUAUUUCCUUGGUCAGAUGGUUGAUGAUGGUGUCGUAUCUGAUAAUGUGACAUAUAAUAGCCUCAUCCAUGGAUAUUCCUCUUCAGGCCACUGGAAGGAGGCUGUUAGGGUAUUCAAAGAGAUGACAAGUCGGAGGGUUACACCAGAUUUGCAUACUUACAACAUGUUUAUGACCUUUCUUUGCAACCAUGGAAGAAGCAAAGAAGCUGCAGGAAUUUUUGAUUCCAUGGCUAUGAAGGGCCUGAAACCUGACAACGUUUCAUAUGCUAUUCGCCUUCAUGGGUAUGCCACCGAAGGAUGCUUAGUUGAUAUGAUUAAUCUCUUCAAUUCAAUGGAAAGAGACUGCAUUCUUCCUGACUGUCGUAUCUUCAGCAUACUGAUUUAUGCAUAUGCUAAAUCUGGGAAGCUUGAUAAGGCUAUGCUUAUCUUCAAUGAAAUGCAGAAACAAGGAGUGAGUCCAAAUGCAGUCACAUAUUCAACCGUAAUAGAUGCAUUUUGCAAAAAGGGUCAGUUGGACGAUGCUAUGAUAAAGUUUAAUCAGAUGAUUGAUACAGGAGUACGACAGGGCACAGCUGUUUAUCGUUCCCUAAUCCAGGGAUUUUGUACACACGGCGAUUUGGUGAAAGCAAAGGAAUUGCUUACUGAAAUGAUGAACAAAGGUAUACCUCCUCCUGAUAUUAAGUUCUUCCAUUCAAUCAUGCAGAACCUAUGCACAGAAGGAAGGGUAAUAGAAGCACGGGAUAUCCUUGGCUUGAUAGCACACAUAGGUAUGAGGCCUAAUGUUUGCACAUUUAAUAUACUGAUUGGUGGAUACUGCCUAGUCCGCAAGAUGGCAGAUGCAUCGAAAGUAUUUGAUGAUAUGGUGUCAUAUGGUUUAGAACCUUGUAACUUUACGUAUGGUAUACUUAUUAAUGGCUAUUGCAAAAAUAGAAGGAUUGAUGACGGGCUUAUUCUGUUCAAAGAGAUGCUGCACAAGGGACUUAAACCUACAACUGUUAAUUAUAACGUCAUACUGGAUGGAUUAUUUCUGGCUGGACAAACUGUUGCUGCAAAAGAGAAGUUUGAUGAGAUGGUUGAAUCUGGAGUAAGUGUGUGCAUUGAUACAUACUCUAUAGUUCUUGGUGGACUUUGUAGAAAUAGCUGCAGUAGCGAAGCGAUCACCCUGUUCCGAAAAUUAAGUGCAAUGAAUGUGAAAUUUGAUAUUAAAAUUGUCAAUAUCAUUAUUGGUGCAUUCUACAGGGUCAAGAGAAACCAAGAGGCUAAGGAUUUGUUUGCUGCUAUACCAGCCAAUGGCUUGGUUCCUAAUGCUGUUACCUACACCAUAAUGAUGACAAAUCUUAUAAAAGAAGGUUCAGUGGAAGAAGCCGACAAUCUUUUUUUAUCAAUGGAGAAGAGCGGCUCUACUGCAAACUCUUGGAUGUUAAAUCAUAUUAUCAGAAGGUUACUGGAAAGAGGAGAGAUAGUCAAGGCUGGAAAUUAUAUGUCUAAAGUUGAUGUAAAGAGCUACUCACUUGAAGCUAAAACUGUUUCACUGCUGAUCUCUCUGUUUUCAAGGGAAGGGGAAUAUAGAGACCACAUCAAAUUGCUCCCUAUAAAGUAUCAGUUUCUGGAAAAACCAGCCACAGUUGAAUAGUUGGUACAUCACAUGGGAGAGUGUCAGUCGUCCGAGCCGUUCACUCCUGCCAGGAUCCUUAGCCUGGCCUCACAUGGAAUUGAGUCGACCAACCCCUGGCGGUUUCAGGUGGCCCCAUUGAAGAUGCAAUCAUUUCUCGGCCAGUGUACCCCUUGUCAGUGCCUGCGUGCCCCUUGUGUCUAGUCUAAGAAGGAAUUUGAAGAAGCUGAGCAGGAUCCGGAGCUUGACCGGCUUGAGAUCUAUGCCCUCUAAGCCAAAUUGAGGUUAGAUAAUCAUAACAUGGUACUAGAGAGGUGUUUUGUUGACUGUUGUGAUGGCUCUUGAUGGUCUGGUUAGGGUGAUUUGUGAAGAGGCAGCAUGCACAAGUCUGAAUAAUAUCUGCUUGUGUUAUGUUUGCAGCUUCCAGUCUUCUUUCCACGUACAAGUUCUAUGGAUCCAGUUGUAGUAGCAGCCUGUACGUUAUGUUUUUGUAUGUGCUGGCAUUGAUUAUGAGGUGUACAGGUUUAGUUUAGUGUUGGGCUCCAAUUUUCUUUGGUUUUGAUCGAUGCAGCACCAUGUUGAGUUUAACCCUGCAACUUUUCUUAACUAGAUCAUGCUGGUGUUAAGGCUGGGAAUCACAAUAUCGAUGGCCUCAGCAUGUUUUUAGCAGUUGAAUUAAAGAUACUCUGUCUUGUUGCACAAACUGACGCAGAUCAAUGUUCAGAGGUAAUA